CCUGCCUCCGCCCCAAACAAAUUUCCUUUCCAAACAAUUGUUGUGUAAUUUGAAACUACGAGACGUAGCGCCGUUGCUUGAUUUGCUUGAGGCUGACAGCUCAUUCCGCUGCCAUGGCCUCAUUUGUGCGCCUGCUCUGGGGACGCGGCCUGGGACUCCGCCUGCGUCCCAGACCCCACUGCGCCUUUCGCUGCCCCGGCAGCUGCCAAAGCCGAGCCGCUCAGAGCGCCGCCUCCACUAGCGCUUCCCUCAUGGACGCCCGCAUCGACUUCUCCCCCGCCGGCCGGAGCCUCUUCGACAAGCCGCUGGGCAUCUCGGUGUCGGGGCUGCGGCCCCAGCAAGAGGUCACGCUCCGGGCGUCGCUGCAGGACGAGACCGGCGAGCUCUUCGAGUCGCUCGCGCUCUACCGGGCGGACGGCAGCGGGCAGCUGGACCUGAGCCGCUCGCCGGCGCUGGAGGGCGGCAGCUUCUCCGGCCUGGAGCCAAUGGGGCUGCUGUGGGCGCUGAAGCCGCGCAAGCCCUUCAGGCGGCUGGUGAAGCGCGACGUGCAGCGCCCCUUCAGCCUGGAGCUGGAGGUGCUCGAGGGACACGGAGAGGGCCUCGCGGGAGGCGUCCUCGCCAAGGGCUCCCACGAGAGGGGCUUCCUGCGCGCCGGCGUCCAGAGGAUCCCCGUGCGGGACGGGCGGGUCCGCGCCACCCUCUUCCUGCCCCCGGGUGAUGGUCCCUUUCCUGGAAUCAUUGAUAUUUCAGGAACUGGAGGAGGACUUCCAGAAUACCGAGCCUGUCUGUUGGCCAAUUAUGGCUUUGUAACAUUAGCAUUGGCCUAUUAUGCUUAUGAAGAUCUUCCCAGAGAUAUGAAGGAAUUUCAUCUGGAGUAUUUUGAAGAAGCUCUGAACUAUAUGCUGAAACAUCCAAAGGUUAAAGGUCCAGGAGUUGGACUGCUGGGACACUCAAAAGGUGGUGACCUAUGUAUCUCUAUGGCCUCUUUCUUAAAGGGUGUCACUGUUACAGUCACUAUUAAUAGCUCUGUGGCCAAUGUAGCUGUGCCACUGCACUACAAGGACAUCACCAUUCCACCUCUUGGUUUCAAUAUAGAGCGGCUCAAAUUAGACAAGUCUGGUGUUGCUGACAUUUUGGAUGUCCUGAACAACCCACUUGAGGGCCCCGAUCGCCAAAGUUUUAUUCCAUUGGAGAAGGCUGAAGGGCGUUUCCUCUUCAUCGUAGGCCAAGAUGACCACAACUUUAAGAGCGAGUUUUUUGCUUUGGAAGCCUCCAAGAGGCUACAGGCUCAUGGAAAAGAAAAACCUAAGAUAAUUUGCUAUCCUGGAGCAGGACAUUAUAUUGAGCCUCCGUAUUUUCCUAUGUGCGCAGCUUCAAUGCAUCUCUUGGUGGGCAGACCAGCGAUCUGGGGAGGGGAGCCCAGGGCUCAUGCCGCAGCACAGGUGGAUGCAUGGGGUCAGAUUCAAAUCUUCUUCCGCAAACACCUCGAUGGAAAGCAAGAUGAAGAACACAGCAAGCUGUGAGAAUGUUGCUUGAAAGAGGUGUUUUAUCAGAUAACGGGUGUGUGGCCGAUUGUUUUCCCCCCUGUUCUUAUAUAUAACAAUAAAUCUGUUUGAUAUAACAA